AUGGCGCUCAAGAUUGGCGCAAUCCCGGAGCUGCAGCCCACGGCCCUCGACGAAAUCACGGCCCGGUACAACACGCUGCGCGCCACCUUCAAGUCCGGCCGCACAAAGGACGUCGAGUACCGCAAGCAGCAGCUGCGCCGCCUGUACUGGAGCUUCGUCGACAACACGGAGCUGAUCGAGCUGUGCCUGAGCCAGGACAUGCGCAAGUCCAAGUUCGAGUCGCACAUCUCCGAGAUCGACUGGUGCAAGCAGGAAUGCCUCGACGCCGUCCAGCACCUGGACAAAUGGGUCCGCGAUGAGACCAUCGAUAACAUGCCCCUGCAGUUCUGGCCCAUGAAGCCGCGCAUCCGCAACGAGCCGCUUGGCACCAUCCUCAACAUUGGCGCCUACAACUUCCCCUUCCAGACCAACAUCACGGCCCUCGUCGGCGCCAUCGCCGCCGGCAACACCUUCGUCCUCAAGCCGUCGGAGCUGUCGCCCGCCUCGUGCAUGGUGCUGCAGAAGAUCUUUGACGACGCGCUGGACCCGGAGAGCUACGUCUGCGUCCAGGGCGGCCUCGAGCAGACCAAGCACGUGCUGGAGCACAAGUUUGAUAAGAUUGCCUUUACUGGCGGUCGACGGACCGGCACCAUCAUCGCCCAGAAGGCCGCCGAGACGCUGACGCCCGUGCUGCUCGAGCUGGGCGGCCAGAACCCGGCCUUUGUCACCCGCAAUGCCGACCUCAAGCUUGCGGCCAGGCGGCUGCUCUGGCAAAAGGUGCUCAACGCCGGCCAGGUGUGCCUCUCGCACAACUACGUGCUCAUUGAGCGGUGCGUCCAGAACAAGUUCAUCGACGAGCUGAACAAGCAGUACAAGGAGAUGAUGCCGGAGGGAGCAAAGGCGAGCCCCGACUACUCUCGUGUUGUCAACAAGACGCACUAUGAGCGGCUGAAGAAGAUGGUGGACAACUCCAAGGGCAAGAUUGUCAUGGGAGGUUCCAUGGACGAGACCGAUUUCUUCAUCGAGCCGACUGUUGUGCUGGUCGACGAUGUGAAUGAUAGCAUGGUGGUGGAGGAGUCGUUUGGUCCUGUUUGGUCUAUUUUGCCGUAUGAUACCCUGGACGAGGCCAUCAACAUGGCUAAUGAGAUUGACCCCACGCCCUUGGCUCUUUUCACAUUUGGUUCGGAUAAGGAGAACGAUAAAGUACUCAAGAACGUCACGUCAGGAGGAGCCACCAUCAACGACGGCUUCUUCCACGCCAUGCUCAACCCCCUCCCCCUCGGCGGCAUCGGCACUUCCGGCAUGGGCAACUACCACGGCUACUUCUCCUUCAAGACCUUUAGCCACCAGCGCUCCAUUGCAAAGGUGCCCGGCUGGGCAGACAAGCUCCUCCGCGUGCGAUAUAUGCCGUACUCGUGGGGCGACCUGAAGCGCCACCACCGCAUGUCCGCCCCGAAGCCCAACUUUGACCGCAACGGCAACCUGACCAAGGGGUUGAGGUACUGGUUUACCAUGCUGCUGAGCCUUGGCUCCAAAAGCGCUGCAGGGUUCGUGUUCCGGCUCGGAGUUGUGCUUGCUAUGGCUGUGACGUUGCGUCUGAAACGGGAUUCUCUAGGACUGUAA